AUGCCUCCCAACCAAUCCCGGCCUCUACCGGCUGUCAGUCGGAUCUAUCUUAUGCUUUACAACACCAUCUGUGCUUUUCUCUGGUUACGUAUCCUGGUCCUCGCCGUUGACACUCUGAUCUCUGCGCCGGACAAAGACAUUUCCGUCGCAUACACCACCCUUGAACCUUGGACUCGGUGUGCUCAGACCUUGGCUGUGGCUGAGAUCCUACAUGCCGCUACCGGUAUCACUCGCUCGCCUGUUUUCACUACCUUCACACAGGUCUUUGCCCGCUCCGUACAGGUCUGGGCCAUCAACUAUGCCUUCCCCGAGGUGACCGCCCCAUCCGCGGCGUAUUUGGCUAUGCUACUCGCCUGGUCAACCGCCGAUGUUAUCCGCUAUCUCUAUUUUGCCAUUAUGCUUGCCGGCUACCCCGUCCCAAGAGCAUUGAAGUGGUCAAGAUACUCUCUGUUCACGAUCUUGUACCCCAUCGGGAUCAGUAGCGAAUGGUGGCUGAUGUACAAGGUAACAAACGUCACAACAAAUGUGGCCCUUGCCUGCACUUUCUACUUUUGCCUAGGACUUUAUGUGCCUGGUUCGGUCAUGAUGUAUACAUACAUGCUGAAGCAGAGGAAGAAGGUGUUGACUCAAAAUUGA